CAUUUGCAGCGCUUUUUCUUAUACGUGUUGGGUCGCGGUCUUUGCAGCAUGUUUCCUAAAUACUGUGUUGUCCAAUUGACGGGGAGGUUUUCUUAAUGUGCUUGUGUUUCGUUCUACUUGCACGCGUUCUCCUAAGUUUCAGCGCUGUGAGCUCUCGGGGCCACCGUACCUCGGACGUCUCAACGGGGUCAAACAGGCAUUUUCAGGAAGCGGUGGAAAGGCGCAGUCGAGGCGACGUUUGUUGUUGUUGUUGUUGUUGUUGUUGUUGUCGUUGUUGUUGUUGUCGUUGUCGUCGUCACUCGCCCCGUCUGACAGUGUGGUCGCCGUGUCGGCACUGUGUGUCUCCGGUGUACAGUCGGCUCGGCUCUCUUCACCGGCGGACGAAUGGCGAUGACGGCGGCGAGAGCGGCGGCGGCGGCGGCAGGGGGCCCGGCGUCUUUGUCCCGGUUCCGGGGAGCGCUGGUGGCGGCGGUGCUCGGGGACUGUGUCGGCGGAGAGUUCGAGGGAGCGGAGGAGGUUCCCAUGGAGAGCGUGCUGCAGCACCUGAACGGCCUGGACGACGAGACCAAAGGAAGCGGUAUUCUUGAGUACAGUGAUGACACGGCAAUGGCUCGUUGUGUGGUCCAGUCUCUACUUACUCGUACAGGCUUCGAUGAGCACGACAUGGCUCGCAGGUUUGCCAAGGAGUACAGUACAUCCCCUGGUCGUGGUUACGGUUCUGGAGUGAUCCAGGUACUGAAGAAGCUGUCCUCCCCCCAUCUCAGUGACGUGUACCAGCCAGCCAGGGACCAGUUUAAUGGUCGGGGCUCCUUUGGGAAUGGGGGGGCCAUGAGGGCGGCUCCCUUCGCGCUGGCUUUCCCUGAACUGGCUGAUGUUAAAAGGUUUGCCCGUCUGGGCGCCAUGCUGACCCACUCCUGCUCCCUGGGUUACAACGGAGCCGUGCUGCAGGCGUUAGCUGUGCACCUCUCCCUGCAGGGGGCGCUAGAUUUACCUCAGCAGUUCAUUAGCAGGCUCAUCACAGAGAUGGAGGAAGUGGAGGGCGAUGAAGCAGCACGCAAAGAUGCCAGAAUCCUCAAGGAAGCAGAGAAGCCAUUCUGUGAGCGCCUCCACAGAGUCAGAGACCUGAUGGAUAGGAGCCAGGUCAGCGUAGAGGAGGUCAUCUCUGAACUGGGUAACGGUAUUGCGGCACUCCACUCGGUGCCCACCGCUAUCUUCUGUGUCCUGCAUUGCCUGCAGCCCCGCGAAUGCCUUCCAGAGAACUACGGCGGCCUGGAGAGGACAAUAUCGUACAGCUUGGCAUUGGGAGGGGACACGGACACCAUAGCCUGCAUGGCCGGGGCCAUCGCUGGGGCCCACUACGGCAUCGAGGCCAUACCACAGUCCUGGAUGAAGUGCUGCGAGGGGGCAGAGGACGCAGACAUUAACGCAGAGCGGCUUCACAGGCUUUACCACCAGUCGUUACAGGGCGGCGGGAGCGGGACAGGAGAGCAGAGCCGUGAAUUCCGUUCUGUGAAGAAGUCGAACUCCUCUAACGGUACAGAGAAGAAAAAUGAAGCAGAGUGAUGCUUGGAACAAAUUUCAAACAAAAGGACUCUCUCACACACAAAGACACACGUUAAACAUACACAAAGAGACUUUCAGUUUAAGACUUUUUUUGGUCUGCAUAUUAAUACAGAAUUAUACACAAUGUCCCUUCCCUGCUCCUUACUGUUUCGUGAUGAACAAUCUUCGGUUCUGUGAAAGUUGCACUAAGAGUUGGCCAUGUCUUGUUUUAUCUUUAUUGUGGAUAAUAAAUUAAUAAACUUUUUUGUUUUAUUCA